GCGCGCUAUAAAUGCUCAGUGUCCGAUAUCCUAGAAAAGCCAGCAAUGUCGGUGGUCGUCAAGCCGCGCGGGGCUUCGUACUCCGCCGACCUGGCGCAGUCCAAGCCCGACCCGUACGCGCACCUCUGGGCGAGGGCUCGGAAAGUCCAAGAGUACCUCGCGAUCGCCGUCGGUCUCUGCGUCGUCGGCCUUGUCUGCAUCGACUCGGUCGCCAACAACUGGGCCAUCAACGACUACAUCGGAAAUGGCUACCAGUUUCUAACCCCGAUCGCAGACACCAGCAGCGCCAACGACCUCCUCUCGCAGUACAGCUUUGCGAGUGGAGCGAGCCUCAACGACCUCUCCAAGGUCGCCAAGCGCAUGAACAACUACACCAUCACCAACCUCGUCCAGCCCAACAACCCCAACAUAUAUGUGCUCUCGGCCGGCACGUACGCAGUGAAUGCGGGCAUGAACCUCUGCGCGAUCUUCCAGCGCACGUACGCCGCAGACUUGAGCGUCGCCAAGCCAAGUUUCGGUGUCGCGGUUGACGCCAUCAGCUUUCUACGCGGCAACGCCUUCACGCACGUCUUCACAGAUGACACGACCGUCAACCUCGCCAACGCGUCCAUGGGCCACAAGCAGCUCGAGGACAUUGGGUACUCACCAACACGCAUUCAGAUCGACUUGCGCCUCUCGGAGCAAGUGCCGCUGCUCAAUGUAUCAUCGCCGCAGAGCUUAAUGGUCGGCUACUACCGCAUCUACUCCAAGGCGUACUGCACGGGGUGUCUUCCGAUCGCCGAGCUCGGACACGGUGUCUGCAACAUGACCAUGGUGUACAAC